AUGGAAAGGCUGCUAGACGAAUUGCUCUCCCUGAUUCUCGACAAAAUUAAAGACCCAAUUGAUCGGAAAUCAUUUUCCCAAGUCUGCAAAAGUUGGUUCAGAGUCGAAGGUCUCCACCGCCCAUCCCUGCGAGUUUUGGACGCCGACCUCAUCCCUAAUUUCCUACCCAGAUUCCCCAACUUGCUCAAGUUCCGGGCUUCGACGCGGAUCAACAGCUCCCUCAUCCAGUUCGUCGCGACCACGUGCCCUAGAAUUCAAGUCCUCAACCUCAACCGCAAGGAAACAGACGAUCUGUACACCGAGCUCGAGGAAGAAGCCGACCUCGACGACGAAGGCCUUCUCGGCAUCGCUAGUCGGUGCCGCGAUCUGGAAACGGUUUUCCUGAGGAAGAGAAUCGCGAUUGGGGAUUCAGGUAUCUCUGCCCUAUUAGGGUACUCGAAGAAUUUGAGGAGCCUUGAUUUAGGGUUAUGCUCUAGGGUUUCCGAUGAGGGUAUCAAGCGAAUUGGGGAUUUGAAGCAUCUGGAGGCAUUGAGUCUGCAGGGGUGUUGGUUGAUAACGGACUCUGGUUUGGCUUCCUUGGGAGAAGGCUCUUUGUGUGGAACACUGAAAAAACUGAUUCUUGCCGAGUGUGACCGGAUAACAGAUGAAGGCUUGAUGUGCUUGAAGGGUAUGGUUUGUUUGGAGGAACUCAACCUUUCUGAGUGCGGGCCGAAUGUGACUGAUGUGGGUAUGAGUAUUUUGGCUACAUUUUCUAGUUUGAAGGUAUUGAAUCUUUCUUGGUUGGUGAGUGUGUCGAGUGUGGGUGUGAGAGCUUUGGCUAAAGGCUGCCAGAAUAUGGAGGUGCUUGAUAUAUCGGGCUGUGAGAUGGUUACAUCAUGCGCUGUUCGGGCUUUUGCGGGCCAUGCCUGUUUGAGGGAGCUUGUGUGGACGAAUUAUGAAUUCGCGAUAAUGGAUGAUGAUCUUGAAAUCUUGGUUUUUGGGUGCCAGUCCUUAGAACGAAUAGUUCUGGAUAAAAGAUUCAUCAUAUGGAUUACAACGGGUACUCAAGAAAGUAUAUCAAGCCAAAAUUGUAGGCUGGAAUUUUGUUGA